UCAGAAGAAGAGAAGCGUGAAAAGUCUUGCGAAGCCUCUCCUCGGGUGCUGCAGAGAGGGGAUCUCCUGGAGGUCCCUCGUACUUUGUUCACCCAUUUCGGCAUCUACUUGGGGGACAACAAAGUCGCGCAUUUAAUACCGGAUAUUGUGCCCAUGCUGACGGGCUAUAAGUGUCAAAUUCAGAAAAGCGUAACGAACAACAGAUUGCUGUUGGGGGUGCUUUGUAAGCAGGCGACUGUGAGAGUGGAUUCGGUCGAGGACUUUGCGUAUGGUUCACCUAUCCUAAUUAACAUCAUGGACCACGACGUAAAAGAAAGACCGUUACCUAACGAAGAAGUCGCCAGAAGAGCGGAGAUGCUUAUCGGUAAAGUUCAAUACAGCUUGAUGUGGAACAAUUGCGAGCAUUUUGUUACCUACUGCAGGUACGGCUCAGCCAUAUGUCUUCAAACGGACAAGUUUCUAGAGUUCCUGAAAUCGAUUAUACGGGACCAGCGGAGUAUCCUUCUCACAGCUUUUUUGGGACUUGUGUCCAUUGGUUGCGUGGGAAUUGCGCCUGCCACAAUUUUCCCAACCAUCCUGAUCCCAUUCACGUUAUGGAUGGCGAGUUAAUGGACUUAUUUGGACUCUUUGUAAAUUCUUCCAUGAAUGGAAUAUGUACAUAUGUGAGCAAUGGGGUUAUGUUUGACCCACUGUACAUAUAGUGAGCAUGGCUUGUAGAUAUAGAUGGCACAGAGAAACAUUUUUUUAUGGCAAUUGUUUAGACUGAACUAAACUUGUAGCUCGAUACAUAAUGUAUGUUAUUUUGACAUGUAUUUCCCUCACUGGUUGUAUUUAGUGUUUUUUAUAUUAAAAUACAGUUUAUACAGUUUGUUGUAAUGGAAUGUUUUAAACCAAUGCCUGUUACGAACCUCACACUUUUCCAGUAUUGUCAGUAAGAAUGUUGCAGAAAGCCUCAUUCAAUUUUCGGUCCACUUUUCAUUCUGCUUGGUUAGACUUUCCAUAUGAGGGUUCUUCCACUUCAAAUCCGCAAAAGCCUUCUGCUGGACCAUCUCAGAUUUUCUUGAAUGUUUUAAUAAUAAUAAUAAUAAUAAUAAUUCAUUUAAUUUGUAAUGCACUCUUAAUUCAGAAGAAUCUCAGAGUGCCAAGAGUACCACAUAAAGUGUGACCUUCCAAACUAAUACUUACAAAUGUUAGUUUGAUAUAUCAAAUACUUGUUGGUUUUGGCGUGUUCACAGACUGGGGAAAAGUUUAGGAUUUGUUAUCUCAAUAAGUUUUCAUGUUAGAGGCUUCAAAUUUUUAACAGAUAAAUUACUUCUAUAUUUAGUUUCCUGUUAACUUUACAAGAGGAUUGUGUUCAUAGUCACAGUUUUAUCAAUGUGUGAAAUCUGGGAAAAAACUCUUUUUGAACACAUUUAACUGCCCUAUUACACAGCAGACAUCUGGCAGAUAUGUUUAUAUAGUUUACAAAAUAUAAUUAUGAGAUGUCUGUAUUGCAUUUUUGUAGGAGGAAGUUUUGAGCAUGAAUCUAGAAAAUACACAUUUUCAAUCUUAUUUUAGCUGCUCACUGAACAGGUAUGAUGAGGUGUACAAAUAAAACAAACACUUUGCAAGAAAGGUGAUCAGGUUUUGGAAUUUCAAGUUGGUGCCAGGACUGUGUAAGGUCCAAGAGGCAUGGUUUUAUGCGUCAGUUAUACCUCGGAUAGCCAGCAGAUGUCAGAUGUCAAAACAUCAUUUUCCUGAAAACCUCAAUAUGCAGGAGAAACCAAAAUGUCAGCAACAUGUCAUGUCAUCUCAU